GCCACACUGCUAUAAGUGAAAUUAAACGAUUUUUAACGAAUAAAACCGACAAGUAAAACUGUUUCGCGGACAAACGACGCAGAGCGCAUCAGCAAAAACGAGUAGAAGCAUCAAAAACGGGUUUUUUCGUCUCUCUUCUCCGGGUGAAACACUAAUCCGGAUCACAUGAUGGCCUCCAGUGGUGGUGCGAGCUCCCAUGUCGUCUUUGUGGCCUGGGCAGUGUUUGCCUUGCUGGUGACGCACGGCAGCGAUGUUGUGGAUGCACGGCGUAACCAGGGCAGCAACCAGCGAAAGACCUCCUCCUCCUCCUCAUCAUCUAGCUCCUCCAACUACGGUCACGUGACGCAGCCUAGCUAUAACACGAACGGUCAUGCCGCUGGAAACUCUCAUGCGGAUGUAGCCAAACUGAGUUACCCUAACUACAACUCGCAGCCGAAUCGUCCUAUAACCGCUGGAUCUCCAGGGUCUCAAGGAUCUGCCCCCCAACCAGGCUGGAAUGUACCGCAAGGCCCUCCGCCCGCCUAUUCCGCAUCCAAUCCCGUUGGCGGAGCCCGACCGAAUAUGCACGAACCGCCGCCAGCCUAUCAUGCCCCCAACUACGGAGCAGCUCCUCCCAGCUAUGGAGCUGCCACUGGAUCAAAUAUGCAUCAGCCGCAGUACUCAGGAGUUCCAGCAGGAGCUACCUACUACCCGGCUGGAGGGCACAGCGGUGGCUAUCCUUCCAAUAUCCCCGCUGGGGCUACGUACUACCCAUCCGCUGGUCAUUUACCUAUGGGCGGUGGCUAUCACCCAGCUGCUGCUCCACCUCCGGGAGCCACCUACUACCAGGCGGGAUCGGCUUUACCGCCCGGAGCUACCUAUUACUCUUCACCGCCGCAGCAAUCCUCCUCUGGCCUUGGUUUCGGCACUGGACUGCUCGCAGGUGGCUUGGGAGGUGCUCUGCUGGGGCACGCUCUAACACCCUCGGGAGGAAGUUCCUCAUCGCAGCCAGUUGCCGCAGCUCCAGCUGCUGGACAGGAUCGUAUCAUUAUUAUCAACAAUGGUGUGCCGGUGAAUGCCAGCGAUGGCACCACUGUGAUUAACGCAGCCGGAGUGGCUGCUGCCCCAGGAGCAGUUCCAGCAGCAGCCAUGCCUCCUUCCAACGUCACCCAAGAUGCCCAACAGCCAGCUGUACCCAUGGCACCAAUGGCACCCUUUAAUCCAGAGGCCUCCAACAUGACCGCACCAGAUGCAGCUGCUCCUCCACCAGCUGGUGGGAUCAUUUGUGUGCCAACCAAAGUGAAUGAAACGGACCCAGCGGACAGUACCAAGAUGGUAGAGGUGGAAAAGAUAGCCUGCUACCCGGCACCCCCGCCACCAGCUGCUCCGGCUGGCGAGGGACCGGCUCCAUUGGCACCCAUGGCCCCAGCUCAGCCAGGAUCUCAACAGGUGCAACAAGCUCAGGAUGUAGCGGCUCCACUUCAGGCAUCCGUUAAGUCUAACACCAGUGGAGCUCGCUCCUUGCAAGGAUUGACCAGUGAGAGUUUGCUCAUCGUAAUCAUGUGCGGAGUACUGGCUAAGCGCUUUGCUGGCUACUAAAUAGAACGCUUCUGGAACGUUCCAAGCUGCAUUGUGUGCACUUGCUCACUCAAUUACCCUACCUACUGUACUUUCCUCCCCAGCUUUUGUGGCCUUGGCGCGCAUGGUUUAUUUGCGCGCUGGCCAAGAUCGAUAAUUCUGGCGCUAAUUGGACGAAAAUUGUUAAUUUAUGCCGUACCAUCUCCGAUUACAGUAUUCACAGAUAAACAAGCUGGGUUCCCUGUUUAGAAUUCUCCCCUUCUAAAAUCCCCCUUUUCCAACUCGGCCUUCAAUUGUGAUGAUUGCGAUGGGAAUGGACACCCGUAACCGGACCCAGACCAUCCCAGUGUGCUCGUAAACAAAAAAGCAAACAUUCGAAUAUCUCAGAAUAUAUAUGUAUUACACUAUCUACUAUAUGGAACGUAACCCUUACUCAAAAGCCCCUGAAGAAAGACAAAAAAAAAGAAUGUAAGUUCUCACUAAAAGUGUAUAUUUUUCUAGAAUUGUUAGCGUAAUUGUUGCUUGUUUUUUGUAUUGUUGUAAGCAAACGUAUUAGUUGCACUCCUCAAUUGUUGAAUAAAAUAAAAGCUUUCGCCCACACGCGUAACACCCUA